GGUGCUGGAACAGCCGGCAUAAUUGCUGCGCAAACACUUGCGAACCAGUCAAUCACCGACUUCAUCAUCCUCGAGUACAACAAUUACAUCGGCGGCAGAGUCCAGCAUACCACUUUCGGCUCUCCCGAUAACCAGUUUGUUAUUGAGCUCGGUGCUAACUGGGUUCAAGGUUUGGUCAGCCCUCCGGGACCAGAGAACCCGAUAUGGACACUAGCGCAGUUGUACGGCCUCAACAGCACGUACUCCGACUACGACUCGAUCUUGACUUACGAUCAGACCGGCUACACCGACUACUCGGAUCUUAUCGACCAACUGGACGGCGACGUGUGGGAUGCCGCAUCGGCGGACGCCGGUACCAUUCUCACGCAGGGUUUGAUCGAUCAUAGUGUCCGCGCCGCCUUCAGUAUGGCUGGCUGGUUUCCGGAUCGAGAUCCUCAUAAACAAGCUGUCGAAUGGUGGGAAUGGGAUUGGGAAACUGCAUUCACUCCUGAGGAAAGCAGCGAGCUCUACGGCUUCGCAGGCUACAAUCUGACAUUCAAUCAAUUCUCUGAUGAGAAUAACUUCGUAUGGGACCAGCAAGGCUUCAACACUCUCAUCGAGGGCGAAGCAUCGACCUUCCUGCAGCCUAACGACACCCACUUGCGGCUCAAUACGACAGUGACAAUCGUCGAUUCGUCCCCUCCAUCGAUGAUACAGGUCACUACCGAAGACGGCUCCUGCUUCGCCGCAAAGCACGUCAUCUGCACUUUCAGCCUAGGCGUGCUGCAACAUGCACUUGCCGAAGAUGCUCCCGUGACGUUCACGCCCGAGUUUCCUGCCUGGAAGAAAGCGGCCAUUUACAACUUCGACAUGGGCACGUACACGAAGUUGUUCCUGCAGUUCCCGGAGUCGUUUUGGGGCGACACGCAGUUCUAUCUCUACGCUGACCCUACGAAGCGCGGCUACUAUCCGGUCUGGCAGGCAUUGGAUGCACCAGGCUUUCUCGAAGGGUCCAAUACCAUCUUCGCUACCGUGGUCGAGCAUGAGUCUGAGCGCGUUGAGCGACAAUCUGACGCGGAGACACUGGCGGAGCUGAUCGCUGUGCUGCAAGCCAUGUUCCCGAACGUGACCAUUCCGGAGCCGACGGCGUUUCUGUAUCCCCGUUGGGGCCAGACAGAGUGGUCUUUCGGGAGCUACAGCAACUGGCCGACGGGUGUCUCGCUGCUCGAGCAUCAGAAUCUUCGAGCCGGGCUGCGGAGUGGACCCGACGGAAAGGGACAGGGGCGACUUUGGUUUGCCGGCGAACAUACGUCUGCAGAGUAUUUCGGCUUCAUGCACGGUGAGCAGACGGCUUUGUGGACUGAUUGGGAUCGUAAAUAACGUUGCUGACCUAC